UCGGCCAGUUCAUCGACAACCGCAUCCAUUCCCACAGCAACCCCACCGCAACGAGAUCUACAACGGCCAUCAGGGUGGCGUCUUCAUCUUGGGCGAAGGCCGCGGCUUGAUCGAGCAUAACAAUAUCUAUGGUAUGCCAACCGUUGAAGAGGUGUGCAGCACGUUCGGCCUGACUGAUGUGACGUUGGAUUUCUCGGAUGAGGAUUACCAGAACCUCACCACUUACAAACUGUUCCAGCAACAUGUCAGACCCAUUCUGUCCAAGGACAAUCCUAAGGUGCCAAUCUCUAAGAUAAUGAUGUUGGUGGCAGCGAAGUGGCGCGAUUUCUCUACGGUGAAUCCACAUACUCAAGAAGGCCAUGAACAGGAUUCGCCAUUGGAUGAGCCGGACUACACGCCCAAACCCAGUCGGUCAAGGGCAUCCAAGAGCGUUGUGGACGACUCGGCGGCCGGAGGGGCAGAUGAAGAGGAGGAGGAUGAAGACGUAGGAGAAGAGCCGAAAGCCACCCCCAAAGGAGGCGGAAAAACGGGCGGAGGAGCGGCCAAGAGAAGCAGCCGGAGUAGUAAGAAGGCCAGCAAGCGAGGAGGUGGUGGGGGGAGCAGUAAACAGGACAAGGUGCCCACCCUCAAGAUAAAGCUCGGAAAACGCAAACAGGCCAGUUCUUCGGAAGGAGAGGGAGAGGGAAGUGCAGCGGGGGGAUCGGACCGUGAUUCGGACGCUGAAUUCGAACAGAUGUUGCAGGAAAUGGAGGACGCACAUCGGGACGAAGCAAACCAAGACGAGGCAGGGGGCGCCAAUGGCGGGGGGGCAGAAGGGGCUGAAACGUCGGCAGGCGGGUCGCAGUCUGUGGCCUCGUCGAGCAAGCGCAGAGGCGGCAACAGUGGCCGCAAAGGAGGUGCUGCCUCCGGGGGCGGCAAGGCCAAGAAGAAGAAGAAGACUAAGACCACCUCCAAGUUCCCCGGCGGGGCGGGCGGCGACCAGGAGGACGGAUACGAGGUAACGGACCACCAGGACUACUGCGAGGUGUGCCAGCAGGGCGGGGAGAUCAUGCUGUGCGACACGUGUCCGCGCGCCUACCACCACGUGUGCCUCGACCCCGAGCUGGAGGGCACGCCCGAGGGCAAGUGGUCGUGUCCGCACUGCGAGGGUGAGGGCGUCGCCAAGGGGGACGAUGACGAUGAGGCCAACGACGAUGACGAUGUCAAAGAGAGCAGUUCUUCGCGUAACAAGGUGGUGGUGUGUCGCGAGUGUAAGGACGUGGGAGAACUGCUCCAAUGCAACAGUUGUCCCAAUGCGUAUCAUCUGCACUGCCUCACUCCGCCCCUCGCGCAGAUGCCCGCCUCUGACUGGAUGUGUCCCAGAUGCUCGGCAAAACCUCUGGCGGGCAAAGUGUCGAAGAUCCUGACAUGGCGGUGGGCUCCUUUGUCCUCAGACAAGGAUGGCGACGAGGAGGGAGAAACAAAGAAGAAACGCCAGCCAAGUGGACAGCGCAUGCGCGAGUACUUUGUCAAGUGGCACGAGAAGUCCUACUGGCACUGUGAUUGGGUCUCUGAGCUGCAGAUGGAUGUUUUCCACCCGCUGAUGAUUCGUAACUACAUGCGUAAAUACGACAUGGAUGAGCCGCCCAAAUUGGAGGAGCCAAUUGACGAGAUGGACAACCGUAUGAAGCGAAUCAGGGAUAACAACACCAACGAUGCAUUCCUCGAAGAGAAGUUCUACAACAACUAUUUCAGGUACGGCAUCAAGCCGGAGUGGAUGAUCAUUCACCGCAUCAUCAACCAUCGGACGAUGCGCGACGGCCGCACCAUGUACCUGGUGAAGUGGAGGGACCUGCCCUACGACCAGUCCACCUGGGAGGAAGAAUCUGCCGAUAUUCCCAACCUCAAGCGGGCUGUCGACUACUAUCAGGAUCUGCGAUCAGCUGCGAACCCAAGCGACAAGAAACUGAAGAAAGGAAAAGGAAAGAAGACUAAGACAAAGGAAAUACAGGACGAAGAGGGAGAGAACAGAUUGCCUAAACGGUACACGCCUCCGCCUGAGAAGCCAGUGACUGAUCUGCGCAAAAAGUACGAGAAGCAGCCGGAGUUUAUCGAGCAGACUGGCAUGGCGCUGCAUCCCUAUCAGCUGGAAGGCCUCAACUGGUUGCGCUACUCCUGGGGCCAGGGCAUCGACACCAUCCUCGCCGACGAGAUGGGCCUCGGAAAGACCAUUCAGACUAUCACCUUCCUCUACUCCCUCUUCAAGGAGGGCCACUGCAAGGGACCUUUCCUCGUGUCGGCGCCACUGUCGACCAUUAUCAACUGGGAGCGGGAGUUUGAAACGUGGGCUCCGGACUUCUAUGUGGUUACAUAUGUCGGUGACAAGGACUCCAGGGCUGUGAUUCGCGAGAACGAGAUGACUUUUGACAAUGAUGGCUCCAGUGGAGGGCAGCGUGGGGGAGGGCGAGCGUCACGCAUCAGGUCGUGCAACAUCAAGUUCCAUGUGCUGUUGACCUCCUAUGAGUUGAUAUCCAUCGAUGUGGCCUGCCUCGGCUCAAUCGAGUGGGCUGUCCUAGUGGUCGACGAGGCACAUCGACUCAAAAGCAACCAGUCCAAGUUUUUCAGACUGCUGGCUUCCUAUAACAUAGCCAACAAACUGUUGUUGACCGGUACUCCACUGCAGAAUAACCUGGAAGAAUUGUUCCAUCUGCUCAACUUUUUGACGCCGGAAAAGUUCAACGACCUGUCGGCGUUCCAGAACGAGUUCGCCGACAUCUCGAAAGAAGAGCAGGUGAAGAAACUGCACGAGAUGCUGGGACCGCAUAUGCUGAGGCGGCUCAAGGCUGACGUGCUAAAGAACAUGCCUACAAAGUCUGAGUUUAUUGUUCGUGUGGAGCUGUCGCCGUUGCAGAAGAAGUACUACAAAUACAUCCUGACCCGUAACUUUGAGGCGCUCAAUCCCAAGGGAGGAGGCCAACAGGUUUCGCUGUUGAACAUAAUGAUGGACUUGAAAAAGUGCUGCAACCAUCCGUACCUAUUCCCGGCGGCCGCCCAGGAAGCGCCAAUGGGAGCGUCCGGCGCUUACGACACGCAGGCCUUGAUCAAAGCGGCUGGCAAACUGGUCCUACUCUCCAAAAUGCUGAGGAAACUCAAGGAUAGCGGGCACAGGGUGCUGAUCUUCUCUCAGAUGACCAAGAUGUUGGAUCUGUUGGAAGACUAUUUGGAAGGAGAGGGCUACAAGUACGAGAGAAUCGAUGGAUCAAUCACAGGUGGCCUUCGCCAAGAGGCGAUAGAUCGCUUCAAUGCGCCCGGUGCGCCUCAGUUUGUGUUUCUGCUGUCGACCCGCGCCGGAGGUCUGGGCAUCAACCUGGCCACAGCUGACACGGUCAUCAUCUACGACUCUGACUGGAAUCCACACAACGACAUACAGGCCUUCUCCCGCGCGCAUCGUAUUGGACAAGCCAAUAAGGUGAUGAUCUACCGUUUUGUGACUCGUAAUUCGGUAGAGGAGCGAGUGACGCAGGUGGCCAAACGCAAGAUGAUGCUGACGCAUCUGGUGGUGCGGCCCGGUAUGGGAGGCAAGCAGGCCAACUUCACCAAGCAGGAGUUGGACGACAUUCUCCGCUUCGGAACUGAGGAGCUGUUCAAGGAGGAAGAGGGCAAAGGCGACGAAGCCAUCCACUACGACGACAAGGCCGUGGAGGACCUACUGGACCGCUCCAAGAUGGGCAUUGAACAGAAAGAGAAUUGGAGCAACGAGUAUCUGUCGUCGUUCAAGGUGGCCUCCUACGUCACCAAGGAGGAGGAGGAAGAGGAGGAGGGCGGGGAGGGCACCGAGGUGAUCAAACAGGAGGCGGAGAACACCGACCCGGCCUACUGGGUCAAACUGCUGCGUCAUCACUAUGAGCAACAACAGGAGGACAUCAGCAGGACGCUGGGCAAAGGAAAGCGCGUUAGGAAGCAGGUGAAUUACAACGAUGGCGGCGUGGUCGAUACACGAGAGAAUCUCGACUCAACCUGGCAGGAGAAUAUGUCCGACUACAAUUCCGAUUUCUCAGCUCCAUCUGAUGAUGACAAAGAAGACGAUGACUUUGAUGAAAAGAACGAUGAUGGAGUGACCGUUCGCAGCAAGAAGAAGAGACCUGAGCGACGCGAAGAGAAGGACAGACCUCUGCCCCCUCUAUUGGCCAGAGUGGGAGGAAAUAUUGAGGUACUUGGUUUCAAUGCCCGACAACGUAAGGCUUUCCUGAAUGCUAUCAUGCGAUAUGGAAUGCCACCUCAGGAUGCGUUCAACUCUCAAUGGCUAGUGCGAGAUUUGCGAGGCAAGUCAGAGAAGAACUUCAAGGCGUAUGUGUCGCUGUUCAUGCGGCACCUGUGUGAACCGGGCGCAGACAAUGCGGAGACAUUCGCCGAUGGAGUGCCCAGGGAGGGCCUCAGCCGGCAGCAUGUGCUCACAAGGAUCGGAGUCAUGUCGCUCAUAAGGAAGAAGGUGCAGGAAUUCGAGCACAUUAACGGCUACUACAGUAUGCCGGAGUUGAUUCGCAAACCGGUGGAGCCUGUGGUGAGCAAAGAUAGCAGUGCUUCCCCCUCUCCAGCACCUACGCCCACCCCCACCUCCACAAGUACGACCGGCACAAGUACUAACACUGACCCAGACAAACCUGCCAAGGACAAAGAGCCAGAAGAUGGAGCAAAGAAAGAUGAGGAUAAGAAUAAGGACGAAAAGGAGAAAGCGAAGGACAAGGAAGAUGGUGAUGAAGGAGAGAAGAAGGAGGAGAAGGAGGAAGAGGAAGUGAAAGAGAAAGAGAAGAAGAAGGAGAAGAGUGCUGACGAAGAGGGAACUGUCGACUUGUCAACUAAAAAGAGCGCAACUGAAGAAGAUGAAAAGAUGAAUGUGGACUCGGAAGAUGGAGACAAAAAGAAGGAAGAGAAGAAGAAGGAGGAAGAGGAGGAGAAGGAGAAGAAGAGCUCUUCAGACGACAAGGAAGAGGGAAAACAAGAAGAGGAGGAGGUGGAAAAGAAAGCGAAGAAGGAUGAGGAGGAGGGUGAGAAGAAGGAGGAGGAGAAGGAGGAGGUAGAUGAGAAGAAGAAAAAGGAGGAGGAGGAGGUGAAGGAAGUGAAACAGGAGCCGAUGGAAACCAGUGAACUAAAGGAGAAGAAGGACGAAGUGAAAGAGGAGGAGAAGGAUGUCGAGGAAGUGAAAGAGGAGAAGGAUGUAAAGGAUAUCAAAGAGGAGAAGAAAGAGGUAAAAUCGGAAUCAGCGGACAACACGAAAGCGGAAGCAGGUGGUGAUGAGGGAGAGAAGAAGAAGGUGAAGAAGGAGAAGGUGAUACCGGGCCUGGAGGGGGUAGACGAGACGGGGGCGGGCGUAAGGCGCAAGUUUAUGUUCAACAUAGCUGAUGGUGGAUUCACCGAGCUGCACACCCUCUGGCUCAACGAGGAGAAGGCAGCUGUGCCGGGAAGGGACUACGAGAUAUGGCAUCGCAGACAUGACUACUGGCUGUUGGCGGGGAUAGUGAGGCACGGCUAUGGCCGCUGGCAGGACAUACAGAACGACCUGCGAUUCGCCAUCAUCAACGAGCCGUUCAAGAUGGACGUCGGCAAGGGCAACUUCCUAGAGAUCAAGAAUAAGUUUCUUGCCAGGCGGUUCAAGCUACUUGAACAG